ACCCUCGGGGGCCUUAUAAAGCGCCGAGCGGCUCGGGCAGGGGCUCCACGCCAGGCGCCGAGGACACGGACCCCAUAGGGCACCAUGACCGAGCUGGAGAUGGCCGUGGGGAUGAUCGUGGACGUCUUUGCCCGGUACGCGGGCGGGGAGGGCAGCAAGCAGACCCUGACCAAGGGCGAGCUGAAGGCGCUGAUGGAGAAGGAGCUCCCGGGCUUCCUGCAGAGCGGAAGAGAAAAGGACACUGUGGAUAAACUUCUCAAGGACCUGGAUGCCAACGGAGACGCGGAGGUGGACUUCAACGAGUUCAUCGUGUUUGUGGCAGCACUCACGUCUGCCUGCCACAAGUACUUUCAGCAGGCAGGACAAAAGUGAUGCCCUCCAGAUGCAAGAUUCCUGAAGGAGGCAGAGACAGGGUCAGGGAGUGGGCCUCUGGCUUCCAGAAAGCCCUCUGUGGGAGAUUAUUACCCUGGACUGAUUAAUAAAUGCUGGGAAAUGA